GACAGUCUUUGGUAAUGGCUCGUGUUUCGUGUUAUCGUGUCAACUGUCAAAUAAAAUUUUUUCAAAAUAUUUUACUUUGAUUUUAUAGAUUUAAAUAAGUUAAAAUAAAUGUAAUUAGAUACAAUUACCUAUCAUAUCUUUCUUAUCCAUUUUAGUUUUCCUUUCAGUAGAGGGCAAUUUAAUGGUGUCUUGCUUUUUUGCUAGAUGAAUAAUGAAUAAUUUGUUGUAAUAUCUAUGGUUCAUAUUUUAUAACAAAUUUUCUCAAUUUAUAUUAAGAAUGACUGAAAACCUGACUACAAAUCUAGAAACACAAAUAGAAGAUAGUGGUGCUGUAAAUGAAGAAUCCGAAUCUCAAACUAUAUCUGAGACUGAUACAGAAUCGAAGCCCCAAGAAACAAGGUCAGGAGUCCUACUGUUACGUUCAUGGCUAAAUAAAUCCUUUAGAGUACAAAUGACAGAUGGAAGAAUUUUAAUAGGAAUAUUUUUAUGUACAGAUAAAGAAGCAAACAUAAUUUUAGGAUCUUGUUCUGAAUAUUUACCAGUAGACAGCAAAGGAAAAACAACAAAUGAAGAACCACGGAUGUUAGGAUUGGUUAUGAUUCCAGGAAAACACAUUGUUAGUCUUCAGUUGGUUUCUGAGUACGAAUCUGCAAAUCAGAAACCAAUAACAAAGGAGAAUGCAGAAGAAGUCAUGUAAAUUAAUCAUUUUGUAAAAGAGAUAAAGUGCAAUAUGCAAGUUUAAGACAGGAG